AUGACGGGAAGUGCACCGCCAUUGGAUGCGUUGCUGGAAGAAUCUGUGGACGGCGCAGAUCUGGUUAAUGAGAGUGUGAAAGAAGACGCUGUUAACGGGGACAAGGCUGAUGGUGGCCAAGUCGAGGGUGAUUCUAUUGAUGGUUCCGAUGCUGAUGUCAGCGAGUCUGGAGUCGUUGUGAUUAAGCCGGGGGCGAAAUUGUUUGCGGAUGCUGCUGAUGCGGCUGGCGGUUCUGGUGCCACUGAUGGGAUUGAGGAGGAAACAGAGAAAGCGGAAGAGGAGAAGGCGGUCGUUGUGAAUGAACCCGAGGGUGAAACCGAGAGUGAAACCGAGAGUGAAACCGAGAGUGAACCCCAACAGGCGGACGGAGAGAGCAAGGGCGGUGCUGGGGUGGGUCGAGAAGUGACUCAGGGCGAGGCCGAGCAGGCCGAGACGCACGAGGUCACACAGAGGGACGAGGCUGUAGCGGUGCUGGAGGGGAGCAAGGGCGAGGAGGAGGUCAGACAGGAGGAGAAACUGACGGAAGCAGAGGAAGAACAGGAGAAAAGGCAAUGGAAGCAAGAGGACGAGCGCGAACUGGAGCAAGCGGAGAAGGUUGGGGAGCAAAAGGAGCAGCAAAAAGAGGAGGAAGAGUGCGAGCAUGUGGAGGUGCCAGAGAGCCUAGUGAACAGCUGGAGCCGGUCCUUCGUGGAGGUCGAAGUGAGCACCAUCGCCCACCACGUGGCCUCCACCCGAGACGCCAAAUCCCGCCUGGACGCCCAGCUAGCAUCCGUUCAGACCCUCCUUGCAGAGCUGGAGCGCGCCGAGCAGCAGGCAGGUGCAGCUGAAACUGCUUUGGCCCAUGCUGGCGAGGCUGAUGUUGCCGAAGCUGAGAACGUGCUUCGGCAUGUGGUGCGGUCGCAGCAGGCUCUGGAGAUCCACGCGGCGCAGGUGUUUGGGCACCGCGCGCAGCUUCAGGAGGAUUCCCAAGGGCUUAAAGCCCGGGUCGAAGUGAUUCAGGGUCAAUUCGCGGAGGUGGAGAGGCAGGUGGAGGAGUUGAGAGUGGUGCUGGAGGGUAGGCUGGAGCGAGCUAAGGAGAGGAUAGGCGAGUUGGAGAGGAGGAGGAAGGAGAGGGAGGAGGCGAGGAGGAGGAAACUGGAGGGGGCGGAAAGGGAGAUGGAGCGGGUGUUGGGGGAGGUGCCAGGGUUAGAGAGGCAGGAGCAGGCGUGUGCUGAGCUGGCAGACGCACUAGUGGCACGUCACCACGAGGCUGACGUGUUGGAGGGACAGCUGGCGGUUCUGCGAGAGGAUCUGGCGGCGCUGGUGCGGGGCGUGGGGCGGCUGCCUGGGCUGCUGGGACAGGCAGCGGAGGAUCUGGGGUACUCGAUCCUGAGUGAAGGUGGAAAGGAAGACGGUGAAGGUGAGUGA